AUGGCCUUCCAUGACAAGUCACUGAUCCUCUUUGUCUACAUCUUCACCUUCAUCACGGGACUGCCUGCCAACCUCUUCGCCUUUGCCACCUUCGUGCGCCAAGUCCAGCGCCGGCCCAGCCCUGUGGCCGUGCUGCUGCUCAACCUCACCGUGUCCGACCUCCUCCUCCUCAUCUUCCUCCCCUUCAAGAUGGCUGAGGCGGCUGCCGAUAUGACUUGGCCACUGCCAGCUUUCCUCUGUGCCCUGACCAACUACUGCUACUACAGCAGCAUCUACCUCAGCACCUUCCUCCUUAUGGCUGUCAGUGUGGAGCGCUACUUAGGCGUAGCCUUCCCGGUGCAGUACAAGCUGCGGCGGCGACCAGCCUACGCCGUGGCAGCCAGUGCAGCCUUCUGGGUGCUGGCCUGCUCCCACUGCAGCAUUGUCUUCAUCUCCGAGGCCCAGGCACCCAGCGCUAAUGCCACCAACAUCUCCCAGUGCUACAAUGACUUCUCGGUAGACCAGCUGCGGGUGGUGCUGCCUGUCCGCCUGGAGCUCUUCCUCUUCCUCUUCUGCCUCCCGUUUGCCAUCACUGUCUUCUGCUACGUCAACUUUGUGCGGAUCCUCCUGGCCCUGCCCAACAUCCCGCGGCGGAAGAAGUGCCGGGCAGUGGGGUUAGCCUUGGCCACCUUGGCCAACUUCAUGGUGUGCUUCGCCCCCUACAACAUCUCCCAUGUGGUGGGAUUUGUGAAUAACGAGAGCCCUCCGUGGCGUAUUUAUGCCCUGCUCCUCAGCACUUUCAAUGCCUCCCUGGACCCUAUCAUCUUCUAUUUCUCCUCCUCUGCCGUCCAGAAGGCCCUGGUGGGGUCGUGGCUGGUGCUGAGGAACCGGCUGUAUGCUGCAGUGCCCCGCUGCUACUGCCUGCGUGGAGGCAGGGAGGACCAGGCGGGCAACGGGGAUGAGGUUGAGGCCGAGGGGUCAUCCACCUGA